ACCAAGGCAGCCAGGAAGAAGCCGUGAAGGGAGUGGACCGUGAGCGUCUCCUUGUUUGUUCAGCGUAGCUUGCGUCAUAUGUUUUCACCUACAGUUUACGUGCGAGUCGAUAUUCUGUCGAAGUUGGCUAAGUGUGUACAGACGCCAUUAGUCCUGUUCUGCUACUCUUUAAAACAAAAUUAUUGCCGCGGGGAUGGAGAGCUAAUUCGUUAGCUAACGUUAGCUAACCGAGUAACAUGUUAACGUUACAACUUUCUUUAAUGGCAGGACGACGCCAAGUGCAAAAACACGUUGACGUCGAAACACUUUUUAGCUGUUAAGACAUUCAAGCAUGACUUGUCAUUUUGUGCUUUCUGUCAUCGCAGAGGAGCAGCUAUGGGCACCCGAGAAGGUUGAGUAUACGUUUUGUGCAGGCUGCCGCCAUGGGCACCGCGUCCUCUUUGGUCAGUCCAGGAGAGGUGAUCGAGGAUGGAUACGGGGGUGAAGGAGGGGAAGCCUGUGAGAUCCCGGUGGAGGUCAAGCCCAAAGCGCGACUCCUGCGCAGUUCCUUUCGCAGAGGACCCCGGGUGAUCGGGGCCAGUUUUAAAUCCACGGGUUCUGUGGAUCUAGAGUAUGCUGCGGAGUAUGAAAGACUCCGAAAAGAGUAUGAGAUCUUCCGCGUGAGCAAGAAUAAUGAGAUCUCGUCCAUGCAAAAGAAGGAAGCCAAGCUGGAUGAGGAGAACAAGAGGCUGAGAGCUGAGCUGCAGGCUCUGCAGAAGACCUACCAGAAGAUUCUUAGAGAAAAAGAGAGCGCUCUUGAGGCAAAGUAUCAAGCCAUGGAGCGAGCUGCCACCUUUGAACACGACAGGGACAAAGUAAAACGACAGUUCAAGAUUUUCCGGGAGACGAAAGAAAAGGAAAUUCAGGAUCUCCUGCGGGCGAAGAGGGACUUGGAGGCCAAACUGCAACAGUUGCAGGCUCAGGGCAUCCAAGUAUACGACCUGAAUGAUUCAGACUCAGACGACAACCAAACCACGGUCACUGCUGCAGGCACACAGUGCGAGUACUGGUCGGGUGGCGUGUUGGGAAGUGAGCCCUCCAUGGGGAGCAUGAUGCAGUUGCAGCAGACCUUUCGAGGCCCGGAAUUCGCCCACAGCUUGAUAGAUGUGGAGGGACCUUUUGCGAACGUGAGCAGAGAUGACUGGGAUGCUGCAGUGGCCAGUCUGCUUCAGGUCUCGCCUCAUGUUCCCCAGGCCUUGUGGAGUAACACAGUGCGCUGCUACCUGAUCUUCACCCAGGAGACCAAACCCGAGUUUGAUGUCUUUAUUAAGAAACAUUCACCUGUGUUACGCAGAAUGUGUGAAGGUCUGGGCCAUUUCUACCUGAAUGUCUGCUUCCCGGAGGAGAAUGCCGCCGCAUACGCCGCGGAGCGCAAGCAGGAGAUUGAAAGGAGCUCCGUGUGUGUGCUUUUUGUCAGAUCUACUGUCACUAGCUCUGUGCUGGAGGAUUGUGAAGAGGCUUUUGUGAAGAAUUCAGAUGGCCAUCCACUGGUGCUCUACCUCAGGACUGAAGCAGACCACAAUUUGACUGGACCCACAAGGCAACUGCUAGAAAGGGUCAACGCCGCAGACAAGGCUGCUAAAAUCAAGGUGGUGGAUCAUGGUGGUUCUGCAGAGGAGGGGGCUGACCUCAUUUUUUUUCAACUGGAGAAAGUCAUCAAACAGGAGCUGCUGGGACUUGAAGGAGCAGAUGCGGACCCCAUGGACUCUGGGAUGGAGGAGGGACGUGAGGAGGACUCAGGAGAUGUACUGUGGGACCUGCACGAUGAGCAGGAGCAGAUCGAGUCUUACCAGCAGGCCUGUAGCAGCAGCAGCAGCAGCCCCCAGCUGGGCUUCCAGAAGUACAUAGAUCGUUUAAAUGACAUGAUAGCUGCUCCCCCUCCCACCCCUCCCCUGCUGGUGUCGGGGGGUCCGGGCUCAGGAAAGUCUCUCCUGCUCUCCAAAUGGAUCGAGCAGCAGCAGAAGCAUUCCCCCAACACUUUGUUCCUCUAUCAUUUUGUUGGCCGCCCACUUUCCACAAGCUCGGAGCCAGUUCUCAUCAUCAAGCGCCUCACGAUUAAACUGCUGCAGCACUUCUGGUCCAUUUCUGGCUUGUCGAUGGAGCCCAGUAAGAUCUUAGAGGAAUUUCCCCGCUGGCUUGAGAGACUAUCAGCACGCCAUCAAGGGAACAUCAUCAUUAUCAUCGACUCCAUCGACCAAAUACAGCAGGCAGAAAGACACAUGAAGUGGCUAAUUGACCCUCUCCCUGUCAAUGUCCGAGUGGUGGUGUCCGUCAAAGUUGAGACUUGUCCUCAAGCUUGGAGGUUAUGGCCGACACUCCACUUAGACCCACUGAGUCCCAAGGAGGUCAGAAGCAUUGUCAAUGCAGAGUGCCAGGCCAUGGAUCUCCAGCUGACCAAAGACCAGGAGAAGAAGUUAGAAAGGCAUUGCCGCUCUGCAUCGACCUGCAAUGCAUUGUACGUCACACUACUGGGGAGGAUGAUCAUCAGUAUAUCGGGUUUGUCAGUGGAGAGGAGCCUGGAGCAGUGUCUACAGUGUCAGGACACCAUGUCACUCUACCGCCUGGCACUCAAGAUGACUCUGAACUCCCUCAACACAGACCGAGAGCGACACAUUAUGAGAGAGAUGCUGUGCCUCGUAUGUGCCAGCCAUAAUGGAGUGAGUGAAUCCGAGCUGCUAGAUCUUUUCCCAGAGCUGGAGUUGCCUGUCCUGUCCACUCUUCUCUACCGUUUGAACAGACUCUGCAUCGUCACUCUGCGCUGUGGGCUCAUCAGGUUUCAACACCUGCAGGCUUGGGAAGCUGUGAGGCUGGAGUUCCUCGGUGGAGGAAGUAGCUCGGCUGCCUACAGAGAGAAACUCAUCCAGUACUUCAGCCAACAGCUCGGCCAGGAUCGCGUCACGUGGCGUGUCGCCGAUGAGCUGCCCUGGCUGCUCCAGCAACAGGAGGACAGGACUAAAUUACAGCUCAGCCUCCUGAACCUGUUUGUUUCCCAGAACCUCUACAAGAGGGGUCAUUUUUCCGAGCUGCUGGCCUAUUGGCAAUAUGUGGGCAAAGACAAAAGCUCCAUGGCCACUGAGUACUUUGACUCCCUGAAACACUACGAGAAGAGCUGCGAGGGCGAAGACAGCAUGACCAAGCUGGCAAACCUGUAUGAGACCUUGGGACGUUUCCUCAAAGACCUGGGCCUCCAUAGCCAGGCAGUCGCGCCUUUACAAAGGUCCCUCGAGAUCAGGGAGACCGCCUUGGACCCGGAUCAUCCCAGCGUGGCUUGCUCCCUGCACCAGCUGGCCGGAGUCUAUGUCCAGUGGAAGAAGUAUGGCAACGCUGAGCAGCUGUACAAGCAGGCCCUGGAGAUAAGUGAGAACGCCUACGGAGCCGAGCACGCCAGCGUCGCCCGAGAGCUGGAGUCCCUCGCCGCGCUCUAUCAGAAGCAAAACAAGUAUGAACAGGCAGAGAAACUCAGGAAAAGGUCAGUGAAGAUCCGCCAGAAGACUGCUCGACAGAAAGGACAUAUGUACGGCUUCACUUUGUUGAGGAGGAGAGCGCUGCAGCUGGAGGAGCUGACCCUGGGAAAGGAAACGCCCGACUCUGCCAAGACGCUGAAUGAACUGGGUGUUCUGUACUACCUCCAGAACAACAUGGAUGCAGCCAAGCUAUUCCUGACGCGAUCUCUGGAGAUGCGUCAGCGCGUCCUCGGUCCAGAUCACCCGGACUGCGCUCAGUCCCUCAACAACCUGGCUGCGCUGCACACGGAGAGGAGGGAGUACGAGACGGCCGAGGACAUGUACGAGAGGGCGCUGGACAUCCGCAAGAAGGCCUUGUCCCCAGACCACCCGUCGCUGGCGUACACCCUCAAACACCUGGCCAUGCUCUACAAACGCAGAGGGAAGCUGGAGAAAGCCAUGCCGCUUUAUGAGCUGUCUCUGGAAAUCAGGGAGAAAAGUUUCGGGCCCAAACACCCGAGUGUGGCCACAGCGCUGGUCAACCUGGCCGUGAUCUACUGUCAACUAAAGAAGCACAGUGAAGCCUUGCCUCUUUAUGAACGAGCACUGAAAGUGUACGAGGACAGUUUGGGGCGCUCCCACCCACGGGUGGGAGAGACCCUGAAGAAUUUGGCUGUACUGAGCUACGAAGAGGGGGACUUUGAGAAGGCAGCGGAGCUCUACAAACGUGCGAUGGAGAUCAAGGAGGCCGAGCCGUCGUUGGUGUGUGGCAACGCUCCGUCCCGCCACUCCUCCAGCGGGGACACCUUCAGUCUGAAGGGACCCGCUCCCCUCCCACACGCCCACAGGUGACUCUGUUCAGCCACUUACUGCCACAGGGGCAAUACAAGCUGAUUGCAUUUCCAUAACAAAAACAUCACACUGCCAUUAUUGACCGGAUGGAGUUUUUAUGGUUUAGACUUUACCCGCCAGUAUAAUUAUUGGUUUCAUAAAGCUGUAUUUACCACAAGUAUUUGUUUAAAUAUUUCUUACAUAAUCAUGUGUUUAAAAAAAAAAAAAAAAACGUUAUAUCACUACUUCUUUUUGGAACUGCAUUUACCACCGAUUCAGACACUUUGUCCUUUUUUGGUACCUCAC